GAUCGACAAAAACAGAUCCUAGCCGCAGCCGUAGCGACGCAGCCGGCCGAGCGUGCUCUCAAACCGGCGGCAGACGCGCAUCUCGGGCAUCUCACUCCACAGCCGGACGCGCGCCGCGCAAAACCGGUGGGACACGCAGCGCCCGCAAACCGGUGGGCAGACAAGCAGCCGCGCGGCGCAAUACAUGGCCUACAGCCUCGUCGGCCGCAGCGCCCCCAUGGCCGCGGACGACUCGGACGACGACGAUCAGUGGCAAGAUGGUGGCGAGGACGACGUCCGCGAGCGCACGGCCUGGCAGGACAAGCACAGCGUGGCCGCGUGCUUCGGCUGCGGCAAGACCUUCGGCGCAUUAACAAAUAGACAUCAUCAUUGUCGCGAGUGCGGUAGAGUGGUGUGCGGCGACUGCUCGCCCUGGAAGGACCGCGUCAAAGGGUAUGCUGCCCCACAAAGGACGUGCAACGAGUGCCACGACUCCUUGACGACGAAGGAGACCUUGAAACGAGAGGGCAUGAAUCUACUCAGGAUGUGCCCCUGCUUCCGGUGGGUCAAGCGCCAGGUGGCCAAACACCAGAAGCGGUCGUUACUCUAUGAUGGCGCCAUGUUUUCGCGUCGCCGCGCUGCGAAAGAGGCCCUGCAGAAGGCCGCCGACAAGAUUUCCAGUUUUGCCGGGAGCUUGUUUGGCUCGAAGUCCGAAACCAGUAAUGACGGCGACGACGUCGGUUUUGAAAGAGUGCGAGUUUACUUAAGGCCGGACGGUACGUGUCUAGAUGUCAACGACAGCGACGAGCUCAUCUAUUUGCACGACGUGCAGUGCGUCAAGAGCGUCGACAAGGACGGGCUGCGGCUCCUAGGCAUCGCGGGCGUGCCGCUCUUCGAAGGCACGUUGCCGAACGGGAAAACUAGAGACGCCUGGGUCGCGGCGCUGCAGGAGGCCAUCGCGGAGGCGACGGAGAAGCCGCCGCCCUCGCGGAGUAGUAGACGGCCGAAGAGCCGUCUCGAAAUGGCGACGCGGCACUCGCAGCGCGAGCGAGAAUUAGCAGAUAGGAAAAAGGCCGCCGACGCGCGGAAGAGCAAGUACCGCACGGGCGGGAUGAAGUACACGGCCGUGGCCAUGGCGAACCGGGGCGCGGUCGUGUAA